AUGAUGUCCUUUUGCCACAAUGUCAUUAAUAUUUCUUGUGUGAAAAGCAGCUGGUCAAAUGAUGUCCGUGCUUCCCUGUACAGUUUAAUGGUGCUCAUAAUUCUGACCACACUCAUUGGCAAUCUGAUAGUCAUUAUUUCCAUAUCACACUUCAGGCAACUUCAUACCCCAACGAAUUGGCUCAUUCAUUCCAUGGCGACUGCGGAUUUUCUGCUGGGGUGCCUGGUCAUGCCUUAUAGUAUGGUGAGAUCUGUUGAGCAUGGCUGGUACUUUGGAGAAGUCUUCUGUAAAAUUCACACCAGCACUGACAUUAUGCUGAGCUCGGCGUCCAUUUUCCACUUGUCCUUCAUUUCCAUUGACCGCUACUAUGCCGUGUGUGACCCACUGAGAUACAAAGCCAAGAUCAGUAUCUUGGUUAUUUUUGUGAUGAUCUUCAUUAGUUGGAGUGUCCCCGCUCUUUUUGCAUUUGGAAUGAUCUUUCUGGAGCUCAACUUCAAAGGAGCUGAAGAGAUAUAUUACAAGUACAUUCACUGCAUAGGAGGUUGCUCUGUCUUCUUUAGCAAAACAUCUGGGGUACUGGCCUUUAUGACUUCUUUCUAUAUACCUGGAUCUAUUAUGUUGUGUGUCUAUUCCAGAAUAUACUUCAUAGCUCAAGGACAGGCAAGAUCCAUUAAUGAUGCAAUUGGAUUGGAAGAGAAAAAUGGAAUGUCACAAAACAAAGAAAGGAAAGCUGCAAAGACUUUAGGGAUUGUGGUGGGAGUUUUCCUAAUAUGCUGGUGUCCUUUCUUUGUCUGCAUGGUCAUGGACCCUUUCCUGGACUAUGCUAUUCCACCCACCUUAAAUGAUGCAUUGGUCUGGUGUGGCUACCUGAACUCUACUUUCAAUCCAAUGGUUUAUGCAUUUUUCUACCCCUGGUUCAGAAAAGCACUGAAGAUGAUUCUAUGUGGUAAAAUUUUCCAAAAAGACUCUUGUAGGCAUAAACUAUUUUUAGAGUCACAUCCAUAGAAUUAUUAUAUUUACUGUUUACUGCUUUGCAAAACAGCUGGUGAUCAUAAUUUUGAACACAACAUAAUUAACCACAUGCACCAAUUGAGGGGUCUUUCAUCAAAUGUUUGAGCCAAAGAAUGGAUAGUGACAUAUAAUGCUUUUAUUUCACUUCCUUUUUGGGACACAGUGGGUGUAAUCCUUGCCAUGCUUACUAUUACAUAGAAGCUUUGCAAGUCCAGAAUUUAAGGCCCUACGUUAAGAGCCUUUCUUGCCCUUAGCUGAACUGCCAUGAAUUGACAAUUGUUCAAUGCUGAAAUUAUGGGGUCGCAAUUGGAUAUGCAAAUUAGAAUUACUUUGUCAUCCAUUUGCUCGAAUAUAUAUGUCUUUUUGUGAAAUCAAAUAAAGUACACAUUAAAUGAUAUUAAAUACUUUUUAUACAUAAUUUGCUAUUUAUCAUGAAUUCUUAUUAAUAUGUAUUCCACUUGUAAAAUAUUUUGAUUUUCAUCUUUUUAUAAUAUGCUUUCUUGAUUCUCAUACUUGCAGAAAUUUGGAAAAUAAGGAAAAAUAAAAAUAAAAUAUCGUAUAGAAACAAAAUGAAAAUAAAGAUAUCACUCAUAGUUCACCUCCUGAAAAAACUUAAAAUUCUUGACAACAUAAUUUUUUGGUAACUCUAUACUGUUACAUUGUAUGGAUGCACAAAGAUUUUUUUAGACCAUUUCUCUGUUGACCGCUUAGACUUCAGUUUCUUUUUUUUGUUUUGUUUUUUAAUAAUGGAAAUGAAACCAACUUUCUGUCUGUCACCUGCUACUGAAAGUUAGGAAAGUGUCUGAAAGGAUUUCACUGUAUUUCAAGGUUGUGCCUGGUAUGGCAGGACUCAAAAUACAAGCUCUAGGAAGUAAGACAAAUCCAUUUGUUGGGUUCCAGGCUGCAUCGAAAGAGAAACAGAUGGCAUCCACACGAGGAGAAAAAGGAACAGGGGCGCCUGGGUGGCUCAGUCGGUUGAGCCUCCGGCUUCGGCUCAGGUCAUGAUCUCACAGCUUGUGAGUUUGAGCCCCGCGUCGGGCUCUGUGUCUCCCUCUCUCUCUGCCCUCUCUCUCUUCCCCAACUCAUGCUCUGCCUCUUUCUCUCUCAGGAAUAAAUAAACGUUAAAAAAAAAAAGAAAAAGAAAAUAAAGAACAAAUGAUAGUUUCAAAUAAGAUUCCCUAACAGGAGUGGGCAACCAUUCUUAAUUGUAAGCACUGAUUUCCAGUUGAACUGUUUCUCAUACAGGCUUCAAGUAGUCUGUUGCAUGGGGAGUAACCCUAGGGAUUUGGAUUUAUUUAUUUAAUAAAAGAGACUUAUGCUCAUGAGUACGUUAGGGUAAGGCAGCUAAUUUUAAAUGAAAUUAAAACACACCUUCUUGCAUACAAAUGUGUGUUCACAAACUUGAUGAUCUCCGAGGAUAUGUUAAAUCCUUCUAGCUCUCACAGUCUGUUUCAAGACUACAUGUUUUGUUUCAUUGAUCUGACUAGAGUUUUGUUCUGGUACAUUUAAAAAACACAAGUUACCUUUUCAUUGAGUGUAUGAUAAGACAAAUUGUCAUUAUUUACUCCUAGUGUCAAAAAUUACCUUGACUUUUUUUUAGCUGAGAUGAUUCUGUCAGAUUCUAAAAAGGGAACAAAAGCAUUUAGACGGCUUUCUGUACAUUAUAGCAAGUUUCUGUGGUGUUCUCCAUUUGCUCCCACACAAUCCUCUUAAAAUUAUUCCUAGACAUUUUGUACUUUUGUGUAUGUGUGUUUUGCCUAUUGUGAAUAAAUCUUUUUUUAAGCCA